AUGCUUUAAAUGUGAAUUUUUUUUGGCCUCGGAGUUGGGGUUGAAAUGAUUCACAUGGCUGAGAUGGAAGGUGUCACCUUUGAUCAAUCUGAGCAGUCACAGGCAUGGGUUGAUGGUUGGACUGGGCGACUUCAGUGAUCUUUCCAACCUUAGUGAUUCUAUGAGUGAUCCUUUGAUUCUGUCUCAUGUCACGGCUGUGGAUCUUGUCGAGGUUUGAUGUUGGAUGAGUUUUCUUUGCUUUAGGAGCUGAGCGAUGGGACGAAAUGAACAUGGGUGCCCACUGAGAGGUGUAUGGGCUGUAAGGUGGCGUUUGUUUCCCACAGGGGUAGGCAGGGAGGUUUGAGCCUAUCGAAUUUGUUCACCCAGAGCAGUUGUGUUGGGACAGGCGGUGAUGGUGGGGAAAUGGCUUCUAAAGGACAUUCCUUCCAGCCCAUAGCAGUGCAGUCAGAUGGAUACCCCAAAGCUCUGAGCACCCGUCAGCCACUCAGGGACAUCACUAUUGAGUUCCCAGAAGUCGUCCCACUGAAUGUAGGAGGCAUGUAUUUCACUACAAGGCUGUCAACGCUGAGGCGUUACGAGGACACGAUGUUGGCGGCGAUGUUCAGCGGAAGGCAUUACAUCCCCACGGAUGCCGAAGGCAGAUACUUCAUUGACAGAGAUGGAACUUACUUUGGAGACAUCCUUAACUUCCUGCGCUCCGGUGACCUGCCGCCCAGAGAGCGAGUGAGGGCAGUGUACAAGGAAGCUCAGUAUUAUUCCAUAGGACCAUUGCUAGACCACCUGGAGGAUGUCCAGCCUCUGAAGGGAGAGAAAGUGAGGCAAGCUUUCCUGGGCCUAAUGCCGUACUACAAAGAUCAUUUGGAGCGGAUAAUUGAAAUAGCAAAGCUUAGAGCUGUGCAAAGAAAAGCAAGAUUUGCGAAACUGAAAGUCUGUGUCUUCAAAGAGGAGAUGCCCAUCACUCCCUAUGAAUGCCCACAUUUCAAUUCUUUACGUUUCGAAAGAAGUGAAAGUGAGGCAAAGCUGUUUGAGCAUCACUGUGAAGUGGAUGUGUCUUUUGGACCUUGGGAGGCCGUGGCUGAUGUGUAUGACCUUCUGCACUGUAUUGUGACAGACCUGUCUGAUAGAGGGAUAACUGUGGAUCAUCAGUGUAUUGGUGUGUGUGAUAAACACCUGAUAAAUCACUAUUACUGCAAGCGUCCUAUCUAUGAGUUCAAGAUCACUUGGUGGUGAGUUGUUUUGUCCAGACUGGUGCAGGAGAUGAAAGGACUUCUAGAUGACAAUUGCUUUUAAUAUUUUUGCAACAUGUCUCUGGAAAUGCGUUGCUGCUAACAUAUAUUGGAAUCAGCCUGCUGAAAUGUUGGCUAGUGCUUAGCUGUUCAGCGAAGAGGGACCUGUCACAGAGGUUGAAAAACCUCUGCAAUAUUAAAAAACCAACCAAACAGCCUGAAACAAGACUGUUGGCUCAGGUACCUUAAUGAGGCACAAAACAAAAUCACCUCGUGGAAAUUACGGAGAGGAGUGUCUGACAUUUAUUUUUUAAUGUGCCACCUACUGUGUGGCUGCAGUCCCAUUGUCUGCAAAGUGGGUGUGAUGGAUCUCAGCCUCAGGUGCUAGUAAGUAAUGCUGAUAGAACGUGGUUGCAUUUUACACACUUCAGAGUGUUCCAGUCACUAUGCAGGCCUGCCACUUUAUGGAUUGAGUAACACCCUGCACAGAGAUCCUGCAAGUGUAAUUUUGGUGUAAUAGACAACUAAAAAAAAUAGAGGAGUGUUGUUGUGAAGAUUAAGCUAUAUGCAUAUUUUAAAAAUUAAGAAUCUGCAUUGUGAAGUGUAAUAUUUAGUUGUUUCUGUUGUUAUAAAAAGGAACAGCAGGUUUGGAGAAUAUUCCUCAUUGCUUUGUGGAAUAAUUACCGUUCAUGAAAGAUUUGUGCCUGUUUUUAGCCUUAGAAAUUCUAACUGUUUACAGCAUCUACAAAAAGAAUCUAUAGAAUCAGGUCAUUUGCAGAGGCUUUUGGUGAAUGAGUAACUCCAUCUGUACGUUCCUAUUAGCAGAAGUAUUAAGAAUAUUUAAUGUGUAUUAUUUUAUUACUGAUUCUUUUUACAGUCUGUGCUAUUAAACUUUGUUCCAGAGCUAGUCAAAUGAUGAGGCAAGUGCUUCCUUCUCCUCACCUCUUCAGUUAAAUCUAACUUCCAGCAUUCCUGCUGGCACUUCUCUGUGUGAUGUCAGCACCUUUGUUUCUUCCUUUGUAUUCUAAUAUCUCUCCAAUUGCCCACCAGUGUAUCUGGGAAGUACAUUUAUUUCCAUGCUGAAGGAGGCAGCUGUUGCAGAGCCGUGUUCUUUCCAGAAGGUAAUUUUUGCACUUCCGACGUUGGCAACCAUCUGCUGAAGCUCCAUUUCUGUGUGUCCAAAGCUGAAGGGUAGAUGGAGCGAUCUGAGGGUGCUGCUGUUGUGAGCUUCAGAAAAUGCAACUACUGUUCAAAAAGACCCCACCUGAGGGAGGCUGGAAAGUAGGUGUCUGCAUAGUGCAUUCCUUUGGACUCCUUAAUCCAAGAUUCUUGCUUCAUUAAACUUCUGACCAAAAUACUUUACAGACCUAUUAAUUAUGAUAGAAAAAACUAUCGCUUACCUGAGAUAAUUCUUAGAAUAUAAAAACUUGACGUAAAAUUGUCUCAUAAAAAUAUUUUCAGAAGGCUGGUUUUGCAUUGAGUAAUGUUCACACUUCUCUGUGUUUAAUUUAGGAAUUUAUAUUGAAUUGUCUCUCAGAGGCAGGGACAUAAAGUUCUUAAGAGCUCUUUGCAAGUGCUUAUUUGGAGUUCACUGCUGUUAGGUGCUGAGUUUCAGGUCCAGAGUUGAAACUGCAAAGCACAGUGGUGCUGGGAGGAGGGAGAUGAGUGUCACUUAGGUGUAUUUGAAUCUUUCAAUCCAAAUUUCUUUGGAUUUAAUUGUUCCUUAAGUACUGAUUGUGUUACAAGUCCCUGUGCCUCUAUUUGACUACCUACAAUUACAAGUCAAAGAAUCUUUCCCUAAACUGAGAGGAAGCUUGCAUGAUAUCUGCUCUACUUUGCUGCCUUCUCUCCCCAAGAAUCUUAAAUUACAACCACGGUUUGGAGUAAAAUGAUGUAAAACCUUAAAGCUGAAGCUUAGAAACUUUUGGCUGCCAGUAAACUUCUGAGUUUAUUCAGGGGCUGCAAUGAGAAUCCCGGCUGUACUGGAAUAUUCUCUUGUUAUUUUUCUGCCACUUCCCAUAUCACACAGGACAUAACUCUGGUUUGAAUUACAGCACCACUUAUUAACAUGAAGCAGGCUGUUUUGACAGUGAUUAUUUUUGGCUUUAAGUGUUGUUCAGCUGUUCUCCUAGAGAAACUGUGACAAAAUUCCUGUUAGAACCUUGUUUGUUAUUUCUUAAUGUGCACGUGUUGCUAUUCUGUAAAUUUUUUCCUGUUAAUUGUUUAAAUAAGUGAGAAAGUAAGGAAACUGCCUGACCCAAAAGGUGAAGAUGAAAAUCUGGGUCUGUAUCAAUUGCAUCUUAACUGAAACUUUCAUCCUUCUUUUGUAUCUUCCAGAGGGCAGAAAUAAUUAAGUGCAAUAUUGAAGGAGGGAACACAGAGUUGAGCCGCGUGCUCUCAUGUAACUCAUCCAUGGUGUGUGGUGAUUUGUACAAGUUAGCAAUACUGUUACUAACCACGCUUGUUCCAAGCAGUCUUUGUUUACAGUGGGUUGAUUAUAUUGCCUGAUGUGCAUUUGGGUUUUGACAGAAACAGCGGAGUGGUGCAGGCAGAUGUCAGGGGUGUCGUCCAGUCACUGGUUUAUAGGACGUUCCUGACUUCACUGGCAUGCAGCAUACGUUCUGAAAUGCUGCGUUUGCUACAAAGAUGUGAGUUGCUGAUUACUAAAUCAGUGUUCAAGAUCAUUGGUUUUUUAUAUCAUAAAUAUGAUAUUAUUGUCUAAUUAAACUAAAUACCUAUGUAAUACCGGGUUGGGUUUUUUUUUUCCUUCUUGUACAGGCAUUUCUUUAUAUCUGGCUAGAGGUUUGUUAGGGCAUACUUAACUGUUUCUCUGUCUUUUUGUCACUUUAUUAUCUUCCCUGCUACUUCUCCAUACACAGAACCCUACAGAUACCCUGUGGCUACAAGCUGCUGCAAUUUUCUUGGGCAACUUGGCCACCCAGAGCAUGGUCUCAUGUUAUCAUUCUGAUGUUGUGGUGGACAUCAUCUCUGCAGAAAGGACAAUGUAUGUCAGUCCAUUGUGCUCAUUCACCGCAAAGGAAAGAUGGUUUUCAUUCCGUGUUCUGAGACAGGAUGAGUGCAAUUUUGGUUCCAGAUUGAUGUUCAGGAGCACAUUUAGAAAUGGUUUUUAUUUUUUUGCCCUUCUAAAUGAGAAGUCUGAAAUGUUUUUGAAGUAUGGACUGCAUAGCUGGAUUUCAGAGCUAUCUGAUUUUAAUGAACAGCAGGGAGUGAUUGUGAAAUAGUCAAAAGGUUGUUGUUUAAAAAGUAGAGCUGUUAGAUAGAUUUGAAGUCGCUGUUUGUGUAAACACAUGAAAUAUGUUUUUUUUCUUUAGCAUAGUGCAAAAAGUAGUCUUAACACCAGUGCUUAGAAUAAGGGACUUGGCCAGUUUCGCAGUGUGUCAGACACUUCUGCAUCAGUUUUGCUUUGUAAGAUGGGAAGGAUACCUACUUUGUGAAACACUCGUGAUAUAAAGAGGAUAUUUGUGUGUUAGUGAGUAUUCAACAUUUAUGUAAGCAUCCAUUUAGUGACUGUUGAUUUCACCAGUUAAAAAACCAAACCAGCCCCCAAUAUAACUUGGUGCAAGCUCCUGAACUUGAAUAUCACCGUGUGUGAUAAUCUGCAAACCUCAGUGCUGAGCCUCUGUCUGCCUUGGAGGGAAGUGAAGGUGCCAGCAUUCCUUAUCCUGCUACGUGUUCUCUUCUAAAACUGCUUUUUAAAGCUGAUUUUACCCAAACCUGUUACCAGGGAUCAGUUUCUGCACUGAUGAGUUUUUGGGGUUCUUAGGUUUUUAGGUUUCCAUUUUAGGUUCCCAAAAGCUGUAAUUCCUGCAGCAGAAAGUUUGGCAUAAGAAGUUGCUAAGAAGUGUGCCCAGAGAUACAUCAUGAUGUAGUAAAUGCAUGUAUUUGUUAGUGUGGAUAUUUGUGAGAUUUUAUUGGUUUUCUUUAGUUCUGUAGUACUAAUUUCUGAAACUAGCAUGAGAUACAAGGAGUUCAACGUUGGGCUUCUGAUAAGCCUGCUUAUGCCUUAAAUAUCCCCUGUUCUCAUUGUGUAAAAUCACUCAUCUCAGAGUCAUUUAGUAUAUGAAACAGUAAAGGCUGUUAUAGUUGCAGGAGAAUUGGGAGUCCUCCCUGAUUCUCUCCAUGAGUUCUGUAGAGGACAAAUUCCUACUGAUUCAAUUACAGCCUCCAUUCUUCUGAUCUGCUUGGGUGAGAAUGGCUCCAGCAGUGACGCCAGGCAGCUGGGUUGGCUCUGGCAGCUGAAGUCCUUGGAGGCAAAAGUCAAAGACACCUCAGCAUGUGAGAAACAGAUAAGAUUGUGAGAUUUGCAUACACAUAUAAUCUGACUUUUAGUGAAGUGAUUGUUAAAUGUGCAGCAAAUUCCAAAGGGUUUUGAUACCUGAAACUGUUCCAAGCGAUAGCUUUGUUAAACCGUAAUCUAGUUGGAGCCCUAUUGUUCUAAUGUGUGUUUGUGUAAGAUGUUCUGACCAGUUCUUCUGUUAAUGGUUCUCACCAUUAUCUGUGUUUUCCCAGUGGAACCUGAAGCAGUGAGCACAGCUCCCAGCCCCCCAGGCCCGACACAGCUUGUUUUGCACAUACCCUGUGCUUUGAGUACGUGCUGCUUAUUGCAGCAGGUACAGUGGGAAGGAAUUAGUUCUGCUGCUUAUUUCCCCAGGGAAAAACCUAUUCCUUGAUAGGAAUACUUCAGUGAGAUCCUGCUCUGUGCUUCCCCACAUCUUUGUUUUUCAGAUGCUUAAGGAGGUGAGGUGUCUUGCUAGAAGAUCCGUGAUCAGAACAGCUCUCUGGAUUGCCCCUGGUUCCUUCCCCUUUCUGUAACUUCUAAAUGAACGACUUCUGUCUGCAGGACAUGCAGUAAUUCUUUCUACUGCACCACUGCAUUUUUUGCUUUGUGAACACCCACUCUAAUGUUUGAACUUCUAAGGUAUUACAAAAACACCCAAGGAAUUUGCACAAUCCAGUCCCUGUCAGCCUGGUUAACCUUGGCUAUAUUCUUCCAGUUCCUGGGUGUAGGUUCACUGUCCUGUGAUAAACCAAGUGUGAGAAGAUGCACAGGCUGUGCAUGAACUGGGAAACACAGCAGUGACUGGUGAGGUGUCUGCUGGGUCACACUACUUGAAUUUCAACAUUGUUGAUAGAUAAUUUCAUCUAAGCAAAGAAAAACCUCCUGUCUUUUCAUUGCCUUUCUGAAAUAAGCUGGUUUUCAGAGGAUAAUUAUGAUGUAUGUACUCCUCCAACUGGAAAUUGCUUUCCAGAUCAGUUCUUACUCAUUUUACUUAUGCAGGUUUACUCUCAGUUUACCUACCCUUUCACUGUGACUUUUGUAAAAGAAUUUUGUUUUGCUGAAGUUGGGUGCCUGUAUGCAUUUUAAUCCCUAAUGCAAUUGAAAACCCAGCCUGGAUGCUGAUGGUUGAGGUUUGCAGUUAUCCCCAAUGAUUUUAAUUAAGUUAAUGUGCAAUGCUUAAUAUUGUGGGUACUGCGGUACAUUAUUUCUUACUACACUUGGCUUUUCAGUACAGGUGAUAUACCCUGUUUCUAUUUAAAAUCUAUAGAAGACAAGAAUAUGUACAUGCAGCUUCUG